AUGUUUAAAGUAUACAAUAAACUAAACCGUAACCAAUUGAAAACACUAGAAGAAUAUAGGACCGUUCAGAAAACUAGAAGACUCUUGUCAACAUCUGCUUCACACUUAAAAGAAAAAUCCUCAGAUUCAAAAAAAGAUGUUAAACAAUCAAAAUCCUUCACAAUGAACCUGUUCCGUGGUCAAUUACAAACUUCACAAGUUUUCCCAUACCCAAAUGUAUUAAAUGAUGAACAAACGGAAACAUUAACAAGUCUAGUCGAUCCCGUGACAAAAUUUUUCAAAGAAGUCAAUAACCCACUCAAAAAUGAUGAGAUAGAAACAGUAGAACCUAACACCCUCGAAGGGUUAUGGGAUAUGGGUGCUUUCUCUUUACAAGUACCUCAAGAAUUAGGUGGCUUGGGUCUCAGCAACACUCAGUAUGCUAGAAUGGUAGAAAUUGUUGGUGCUCAUGAUUUAGCUGUGGGUAUUGUUUUGGGAGCACAUCAGUCAAUUGGAUUUAAAGGAAUUUUGCUAUUUGGAACACCUGAACAAAAAGCUAAAUAUCUCCCCAGAGUGUCCAAUAAAGAAUUUGCCGCAUUUUGUUUGACUGAACCAUCAUCUGGUAGUGAUGCUGGCUCAAUCAGAACUCGAGCAGUCUUAUCUCCUGAUGGUAAACAUUUUGUUCUAAAUGGAAAUAAAAUAUGGAUUAGUAAUGGAGGAAUGGCAGAAAUAAUGACAGUAUUUGCACAAACUCCGGUAAAAGACGAGAAGACUGGUAAGACAGUUGACAAAGUGACUGCCUUUAUUGUGGAAAGAGCGUUUGGUGGUGUUUCAAACAGUCCGCCAGAGAAGAAAAUGGGAAUCAAAGCCUCAAAUACAGCUGAAGUAACUUACGAAGAUGUCAAGAUACCAAUUGAAAAUGUUUUGGGAGGUGUUGGCGAAGGUUUUAAAGUAGCUAUGAAUAUAUUGAAUAAUGGAAGGUUUGGAAUGGCUGCUGCUCUGUCUGGUACAAUGAGAUCAGUGACUGCUAAAGCCGUAGAGCAUGCUACCACCAGAGUACAGUUUGGUAAACGUUUGGACUCAUUUGGAAGCAUACAAGAGAAGCUUGCUCGCAUGGCUAUGUUGCAUUAUGUGACAGAGAGUAUGGCUUAUAUGAUAUCUGGAAACAUGGAUUCUGGGUCUGUUGACUAUCAUUUAGAAGCAGCAAUAUCUAAGUGCUUUGCAUCCGAAUCUGCCUGGUAUGUAUGUGAUGAAGCUAUACAGAUUCUAGGUGGAAUGGGCUACAUGAAGGCUACAGGCCUAGAAAAAGUUAUGCGAGACUUAAGAAUAUUCAGAAUAUUUGAAGGUACUAAUGAUAUAUUGAGGCUCUUUGUGGCCUUAACUGGUAUCCAGUUUGCGGGUAGUCAUCUCAAAGAAUUGCAAAAAGCAUUCAAAAAUCCAACAGCAAAUUUAGGAUUAAUUCUUGAAGAAGUCACUAAACGAGCUCUCUCAUCGGUCGGAUUUAGUUCUGCUCCAUCUCUAUCACACUUGGUGCACCCAAAGUUAUCAGAUGCUGCCAAUCUUGCUGGUCAAAGCGUAGGUCUUUUUGGACCAGCUGUAGAAUCGCUGUUAAUCAAACAUGGAAAAGGUAUUAUUGAUGAACAGUUCCUUUUAAAUAGAUUAGCUCAAGCGGCUAUUGAUACAUACACUAUGACUGUGGUACUUUCUCGGGCAACAAGAGCACUCAACUUAGGUCUACCCACUGCCGAUUACGAAGCACUAUUGACCCAAGUUUACUGUUCCGAAGCCAGUGAUAGAGUAGCAAGCAAUUUAUUGCAACUGAAGUCUGGGAAGCACUUAGAUAACUUUUCGAAAAUGAGUGAUAUUGCUGAACAAAUGUGUCAAAGUGGGGGGUUAGUACAACCUAAUCCUUUAAAUUUGUAA